GGGAGAGGAGCCCUUCCCUUCCCUUCGGCAGCCAAACCUGUUCCUCACCUGCCCGCGCUGGCUUGGGUGUGGUCUGCGCUCAGUUCUAUUUAGUCGAGAGGAGGGGCGUCCCCCGUCUCAGGUUUUUCCGGGUCGGGUUGGCUUGCCUGCAUUUUAUCCUUUCUGGGGACGGGAGCUGCACCUCUCACUACACACCAGUAUGAAGUUCACUGCCACCGAGAUCCUACUGCUUCUAGUGGCUGCAUUCCCUGUCCUGGAGGCCAAUGAUCCUACAGAUCCAAACAGCCCCUUCUAUUAUGACUGGCACUCACUCCGUGUUGGUGGCUUGGUCUGUGCUGGUAUUCUCUGUUUUCUUGGAAUUGUUAUCCUACUGAGUGGAAAGUGCAAAUGCAAACCAAAGAGAAAAAGCAGCCUCAACAUGGUGCCAAAACGUCCCCUUGCAGGAGAAACCAGUGAAUGCUGAGGGAAGAUAAUGGCUGCUCUCAAUAACAUAUCGCCAGCCUUGCUUUGAGUAAAAGAAAUGACUCCCUUCUCAACUGGUGGCGAUAGGCCGAUUCUUUUAAUACUGUUUUGGGCCCUUACACCUGUUUCCUGUUUGUUUGUUUUUUUAAAUAUAGAUAUAUAAUAAAAUGUUGUUGUUUUUCUGAAA